AGAGAAAGAGGGUAGUGUAAUCAUGAGUGUAAUUAUUGCACAGGGGAAAGCAUAGACUUAGGAUUUCGCAACUAAAGAGAUUAAUGCAAUGAAAUGAAUGACAUAAGUGAUAGUCCAUGAAUGACACACUACGACAUUUUAUUAAUGUGUAACUAAAACGAGGUAAUACUGAAAUACAUUUAAUUUGGCUUCCUACAUACACUUUCAAUGAUAUCGACAUGAAAAAAGUAAAUGCCUACAAAAAUGUGAACCGCAACACUACAUUUAAUGAUUUUCGUAACUAUCCAAUAAACACGAUAGCUUCUGAUAGAGUAAUGAAUCAGCGAUGGCUUCAUGAUGAGACUCCACAAGUUAAAGUAAUUGAAUUAAACUCUGAAGAUUCAGAUGAUCAUCCAAGUGAUGAAGAUGACAAAUUCGAUCAUAAAGGGAACAACAUGAACGGAAAUAAUGAGUCGCUUGAUGAUUCUGUAGAGUUCUCUACUAAAUAUAGAAAUAAAGAAACAACACGAUCCGACGACGAUAUAGAUAACGAACUCGAAGAGGUAAUAGCAGAUUUUGUAAAUUCGGGUAUUUACGGAACUGAUGCCUAUCCUUAUAAAUACAAAUCGAAAAAUCAUCAUAGUAAUUUUUUUACUGUGAUAAAUAAGCCGUUUGGCAGCUCUGAUUCUUCCUUGGAUGAUUUAGGAAUUACUGAAUGUACUGACGCAGAGGAUUAUAGAUGGAAUACUUGCAAUACACAUAUUCGUGAUAGAUUAAGUUUAGAUGAAAACAAAAGUAAAAAAAGUACAAUAUGGAUAUAUUCAAUAAAAAACAAACAUUUACUCUCAGAAAAAAAUACGUUGGAACUAGUAAACUUACCAUGUCAUGAGAGUACAAGCUCCACAUCGCAUUCUUCAGAAAAUUAUUGUGAAGAUUCAGACGGUGAUGCUAAGGAAAUUAUUAGAGUUGGAUCACCUGUCCCUGCUACUUACAUUCCUCGAUUAAACUUAUUGUCCCCAAGAUUACCAACUGUUACAGAGGUAACAGAACCCGAUAAAAGUAUAUGUGAAGAAACAUAUAUUAAAAAUCGUAUAGGUAGUCAUAAGCGUAUCAACGGUUGGUUUGAAGGCGAAGUAAACCCUAGAAAUGGUGCCGGUAGUGAUGAAAAAUCAGGCGAUACCAGUGUGUCAAGUCAUAUUUUUCUAUCUCCAAGAGAAAGGCGAAGUAGAUUUAAACAUACUAAUCCAACAAAAUCAGCACCAGGGUUUGAAAGUGCAAAAGCAAGUUUUGACGACGCCAAUAGGGAAAAAACAAAUCAUGUGAAAAUUAAAACAGAAGCUGAGAUCAAUGGAAUAUCUGAUAAUAAAGUAGACGAAAGAAAUUCUUUCAUAUCUGAAGUUAUUGAUAAAAACAAAAUUUUCUUAAGUGGCGUAGAUAUUAAUAAUAAACCAGACUACGAAAAAGAAUUCGCAAAUCGGCGAAGACCGAGAAUAGUCAUACCAACAAAAACCCCUAGAGAAAUUAAAAACAUUAGCAAUCCCAUCGAAAGGCUAGAUAAUAAUAGUUGGAUUUAUGAAGAAAACAAAGAUAUGCAAAUAGAUGAGAGUAAAGAAUUUCAGUUAAUACCAAUUGAAAAUACAGUAAACAGCCAAAAUACUGAAUUGGCGUGUCCAGAGGACAACGCUGGGAACAGACUGUGGGCAAGAAAUGUGUCUCUACUAAAACCAGCUGAGUGGAAAGAAUACAGAGCGAUCACCAACAGCAUACCAUCCUUACAACUAUCUAUUGAUACAGAAUCGAAAACUCAAACCUGGUUCUGCCGUUUCAUCACUUGUUUUAAAUGCUGUAAAUAGGUAGUUAGAGUUAAAUAAAAGAACAUAAUUUACAUUAGCGAAUUUAUUAAAU